AUGUCGAAUAACUCGUAUUGGAAUGUUACGGAAUAUAAGAUCCAGGAGGCUUUGUGGACAUUCCUUUCUCCUUUUCUCAUUGUUGUCGGAGAUGUUGGUAGUCUUCUAUCUGUGGUCGUUCUUAAUCAGCACAAAUUGAGUAGAUUUAGAUCAUCUACCUUUACCUACCUCAAAUAUUUAGCCCUUGGAGAUAUUUUAUUGUUGAACGGAUGCCUUUUUCCAGAUUGGAUUAACUACGCUUUCAAUGUCAAUAUUCGAAAGUAUUCUAUAGGUUGUAAGAUCCAUAGCUUUCUUGUCUAUUUGUCGACAGACUUUACAAACUGGAUCUUGGUUGCAGUCUCAAUCGAUCGCUGUAUUGCCGUUUGCUUACCACUGAAAGCUAGAACAUACGACCACUUUCAGAUUUGCAAAGCCACUAUAUCUGCCCUCUUUGUUGUAAUGACUGCUCUGAAUGUUCACUUAUUUUGGAAUAUGGAAACUUCUGAUCAAGAGGAACCUUGUGUUGAAGCUAACCACUUCACCUCUCAUGUCUGGCCAUGGAUAGAUUUUUGUGUGUUCUGUGUUCUCCCAUUCCUGAUAAUGUUUUCCUGCAAUGUAUUACUUCUAAGAGCCAUUACAAAAUCCAGAAAAAAAGCUUUCUCAUACAGAGAUUCGAAAACUUCUAUAACAAAUGACAUAAGAAAGGAGGGUGUCACUGCAAGACGAUCGUCGCACUUGACAAAAAUGCUGCUAACAGUGAGCUCGGUGUUCCUUGUAUUGACGUUUCCAAUCAUCACUGUAGAGUUACCCCGAUCUCUCUUCUUCAACGCCGACUCUCAAGGGAAACAGUUUGCCAGGUACAAGUUGGCCUGGACGAUAGGCAAUAUGCUGCAGUACGUAAACAGUGCUGGUCAUUUUUUCAUGUACUUCUUGACUUGUCCAUCCUUUAGAGAUGAACUGAAGUGUCUUGUUUGUAAAUGUAAAAGAAAUUCUACCAUGCCAAGAGGGAAGGUCAGCACGGUUUCACUGUCUCCCCUCUCUUAA